AACUUUGUCUAUGCGGCCUUGCUCUCGCAAACAUUGGGAACUGGGGAAAGAUCAACAAGGUAUCCUGAAUAAAAUUAGGACUUGAGAAUAAAUAGUGUCUCUUGCCACAUGUGACAGUUCCGUGUGGGGAAAAUGAUGGUGGGUGUAAAUCGAAAUUUUACAUGUUAGCACUGAAUGAAAGACUGAUUCUGAUGGGAGCCUAAUCUUUCAAAGAUGUGAACAUUAUCGAAAAGCUCAUGUCCUGUCAUCUGACCCACACAAUGAAGAGUGUUGAAUUUAAGUGGCACUGACUCUAACAAGAAAGUGAAAAGAUGACGACUGAGACAGCUGCCAGAGAGCACAACUAUGGGCGUCUGCUGGCGAAGCCUCUGCACAUACAGCAGCUGGAGGCUGCGCUCAAUCUGGAACCCUUUAUGAAAUAUGUGGAAAAUGCUCUGUCUGAAAAUGUUGACGACAUAACUGACUGUGAUCCUUCAGACACUGAGGCAGACAUAUUGAAGUCGAGUCUGAGAGACAAUGAUGACAACAAAAUUGUCAAUGGAAUCACCAUUUCAAAAUAUGAAAGAAAAGCAGAUAAGACCCGACUAUACAACUUCAGUAAAGUGAAGAAAAGCAGACGAUGGAUUCGGAACAUCCUUCUGAGUGAUACAUCUUCAGAUGAGGAAGAUGACAAACUCAUGAAAAUGGAAGACUUGCAUUUCAUGUUACACAUGCACAAGCAGAGGAAAAAACACCAGAUGAAGUUUUACCAAGACCCUGAUCUCCGCCAGUACCAGUAUUACAGUACAGGACUUUUGUCUAACUAUGACAAGUAUCCUGAGCACAGCAAGUCCAUUGUUGGUCACAAGAAGAAAAUGGCGAAGGAGCAAAAGAAGCAGGAAAAGAAAGCAAAAGCGAAGUUGAAAAAGCUAAAGAAAGAAAGCACACUUGAUGAGGAUGGAGAGGAGAUUGAUCCUUCAGUUCUCGAAGCGCUCUUGGCGAAACGUCAGGAAAAGAGAGAGAAAAAGCCCAAGAAACUAACUCCAGAACAAGCUGAUGCGAAAAGAAGGAAAUUGUGGAUCUCUAUAGCGAAGAAAGAAAUUCCAAGAGCACAGAAACAGAAAGCAUCCGCUCGGAAAGAAAUGUUAGCCACUAUGAAAAAGAUUUCCACUCAAGCCAUGCGUGAAUGCCGAAGAGCUUCUCUCCAGUCGCAGAAGACCAUGAAGGAAACACCUUCUAGAGCACGGAGGCUGACCCGCGAGAUGCUCAUCUACUGGAAGAGAUUUGAGAAAGUGGAGAAGGAGCACAGGAAGAGAGCUGAAAAGGAGGCUUUGGAGCAGAGGAAACUGGACAUUGAGUUGAAGGAGGCAAAGAGGCAACAGCGUAAGCUCAACUUCUUGAUCACUCAAACGGAGCUGUAUGCUCACUUUAUGGCCCGCAAGAUCACAGGGGAGGGUACAGAGCGCAAGGACAAGAUUCUCGGUCAACUGGAUGAGCGUAACCGCAGCACGAAAUCAUCUCGUCACGUCAACGGGGGAGUCUUGGAGGAUGAGCUGCUGGAUGAUGAUUAUGAUGGUGAAGCUAUGAAGAAAAUGGCCCUGGAUCACGCAGAAUCUGCUUACAACAUGCAUCAAACUCAGAGAAAAGCUUUUGAUUCUGAUGCAUUGGAUAAAGGUCUGUCAGAGCCGACCCUCACUGGAGAUGCUCAGAGUGCCCAGCCAGAUAUGUUCAACGGCAAACUGAAGGGCUAUCAGCUCAAGGGCAUGAACUGGAUCGCCAACCUGUACAACCAGGGCAUCAACGGAAUCUUGGCAGACGAGAUGGGUUUGGGCAAAACAGUGCAGAGCAUUGCCUUCCUUGCGUAUCUUGCUGAGGUCCAGAGUAUCUGGGGCCCGUUUCUUGUGAUUGCUCCUGCUUCAACGCUCCACAACUGGCAGCAAGAGGUGUCCAGGUUUACCCCCAAGUUCAAGGUUGUGCCCUACUGGGGCAACACCCAGGACCGCAAGAUCCUGCGCAAGUUCUGGGACCAAAAGUCGUUGCACACGGAGGACGCCUCGUUCCAUGUGGUGAUCACCUCGUACCAGCUGGUCAUCCAGGACGUGAAGUACUUCCAGCGCAUCAAGUGGCAGUACAUGGUGCUGGACGAAGCUCAAGCCAUCAAGAGCACCUCCAGUGUGCGUUGGAAAAUCCUUUUGGAUUUCAACUGCCGAAACAGACUCUUGUUGACUGGAACUCCAAUACAAAACAGCAUGGCAGAGUUAUGGGCUUUGUUGCAUUUUAUAAUGCCGACUUUGUUUGAUUCUCAUGAUGAGUUCAAUGAAUGGUUUUCAAAGGACAUCGAGAGUCAUGUGGAAAAACAGUCUGGGAUAGAUGAAAAUCAACUUUCCCGACUUCACAUGAUUCUGAAACCAUUCAUGUUGAGAAGAGUGAAGAAAGAUGUCGAAAAUGAACUCUCUGACAAGAUCGAGAUCCUGGUGUACUGCCCCCUGACCACCCGGCAGCGCAUGCUGUACAGGGCCAUCAAGAACAAAAUCUCCAUCGAAGACCUGCUCUACUCCAGCACCUCCUCCGCCUCCUCGGCCCAGUCCACCACCAGCAGUCUCAUGAACAUUGUCAUGCAGUUCAGAAAGGUUUGCAACCACCCAGAGCUGUUUGAGAGAAAUGAGCCCAAGUCCGCCCUGUGUUUCCCUACUUCUCCGUUGGUUGUGCCAAAACUAGUCUACAGAGAAGGUUACUUGGAGGACUGUCUCCCCAGUCGUCACCACAUUGUGUUCAACAUGCUGUACAUAUUUUCACCUGACAACAUCCACAGAUCUCUGUUUGGACAGUCAUCAGAGCCACUGGCUGAUGCCAGUUCUCAGAGCUGUUUCUCGUUCUCUCGCCUGAUCAACUUGUCCUCAGGGGAGCUUCAUGCCCACAUGUAUGGGGGACUCCUGGUCAGAUGGCUUGGAGUGUUCAUCUUGAUGAAAGCUGCUUAUAGGAUACAUCAGCACUUUGUCUGGCAAGAGGAGAAGAGCUUCAGGUCCAGAGACUGUUUGCAGCUGACGCCCUUACAGACAAGCAGCGCCCCGAGCAUCUCCUUGAGCCCAGUGCUUCAGGACCUUGUGUUCACCAGCCACACCUCACGCCUCAUCUCACACGAGUCCGUCGUCCUCCACUACAUCCCUGAGACUUUUGCCCACCGACAGAUUCGGCUGAAACGCCUGAGACAGCUGGCUUUGUCCAAGAAAAAUCCUUUGAGCCCUCCACAUUCCCCGACAAAGUCACCGGUUCGUAGUCCAUCUAAUGAGGAAGUGAACCUCCCCCUCCACCCACAUAAGCUCCGCCCUGCCCGGGUUCUGAAGUGCCAGCCGAUAGAUGUCCCCUCGUUCUUCUCUAUUCUCAUUCCAAAGAUUGCGUGUCCAAGCCGAUCGGAGUACACAGUGGACCGCAGUGCCCAGUGGCAGCUCAUGAGGAGACAACUGUGCGGGACGCUCAAGGCCAAGCAGUCACUGCUGUAUGGUGAGCCGGAGAAGGCAGAGUACGAGAGAUGGCCAUCCCACUACUUCUCUCCCCUGGAGCAUGCUGGUCUGUGUGCUUUUCAACCUCGAUACGGCUGGACUCAUGUUCAGAUCCCAGACAAAGAAUCACUGGUCAGUGAUGCAGGCAAGCUCUUUGUGCUGGACUCUCUGCUGCGCCGACUCAAAAAUGAGGAUCACAGGGUUCUCAUUUAUUCCCAGAUGACUCGGAUGAUUGAUCUAUUAGAGGAGUACAUGUGGUACAGAAAGCACACAUACAUGAGACUGGAUGGGUCCUCCAAGAUCUCGGAGCGGCGUGACAUGGUGGCCGACUUUCAGACGCGCUCGGACAUCUUUGUGUUCCUGCUCAGCACCAGGGCGGGUGGAUUGGGGAUCAACUUGACGGCAGCAGACACUGUGAUAUUUUACGAUAGCGACUGGAACCCAACAGUGGACCAGCAAGCCAUGGACCGUGCACAUCGACUCGGUCAGACGAAGCAAGUGACGGUGUACCGGCUCAUCUGUAAGGGUUCUAUUGAGGAGAGGAUCCUGCAGAGGGCCAAGGAGAAGAGUGAGAUCCAGAAAAUGGUGAUUUCUGGUGGCAACUACAGACCGGAUUCCCUGAAGCCGAGAGAAGUGGUGUCCCUUCUCAUUGAUGAUGAUGAAAUGGAAAAGAAGUUAUUGACACGCCAAUUUGAGAAAAUUGGAGAUGAUCCAAAUAUGGGCACAAUUUUCCGUAAAAGGAAAAGGGAGUAUAAGAAACGAGAAGGCACGAAGAAAAAGAAAGCCGCAGCAGCAGCCGCAGCAGCAGCAGCAGCCGCUGCUGCUCAAGCCGAGGAAAACAACAUCACCAUCCCUGCUCCCGACACUGAAUCUGUGGCCAGCAGGGACUCUUUCUCCAUGCCGGCCAGCCCUCAGAGCGGGAAGUCUGUGGGCAGCGAAGCUCUUUCUGUGAUGACUCAGGAUGAUAGCAACGAGGGAGGUCUGGUCAUUGUGGACGACGCCCACUCUCUAUUCCCUCCAGUGAGCAGUAAGCCGAUCCAGCCACCGAAGAGGGGCAGAGGUCGUGGCCGUCCCAGGGGGUCAGGGGUGGGAAAAAGGCCGAGAGGACGAGGCAGCGCGAAGAAAGCUAUGUCUGCCGCGGAGAUUGCUGGGGCCCAGGCGGGGAUGACAGCUGCCUAUGCCGCCUACGGCUACAACUUCACGGGGAAAGGUAAGACAACAGUACAGUCGUCCAAGCCUCCCAACACGUAGCACUGAUACUCUUGUUCUUCUGGCUGUUCCUUCACAUUGGCUUUUGACCAGGAGGAAAGGAAUUUGCACGUCCUGUUAACAAAUGAGAGAGAGAAAGAGAAAGAGAGAUUCAAAGAGAAAGAAAGGGAAACAAUGGUCCAGCUUGGCAGAUGCUGUGAUACAUGCCAAAUGCCUUUGCUCAAGUGUGGCCAGAAAGAUAGAGUGUAUCCAUGUGUGCAUGUAUGUGUGCGUGUACGCAUACGUGUGCGCGUGCGUGAAUGUGUGCCUGUGCUUGUACAUGUAAGUGUGCAUGUGCUUGUGCGUAUGUGGGUGUGUGUGUAUUUUUUAUUUUGCACUAUGAUAAGCAGUUCUGUUGAUGCCAUGCUGAUGUUGCUGUUGCUGCCUCUGUUAUAUUCAUCACAAGUAGCUGUGCACUGUUUAGUUAAUAGUUAGUCUAUAUGGCUUCAACGGCAUAUUGGUUUUUCCUUGUGAUGGAGCAGCUGUGCCAGGUGCUUGGUUUGGUGGGCGUCUGAGAUUCUCAGGCCAGCGUGUCUGACAAAUUUUGAUGAACUCUUGUGAAUCUGCAUGUCAAGUAAAAAAUGUUAUGAACAAUUUAAUGUCUACAAUGUAUCACUUAGAAUGAGUUUUUUGUUUGUUUUGGAUGUGAUUGGCAGCUGUAGUAUUGUACAUUCUUCUUAAGGUGUGAGAUUGAAAAAGAAAUGAAUGUGGUGGCUGGCCAAGGGAGUUGUUCUUGAGAGUUUCUGGAUUUUGUUCAGGAAUGCAGCUAUAAGACUUGGUCCAGUUGUAACGCUGUCAUAGUAGGUAGUCCAAACUGGCUGGCUGGGUAGGUGGGUGAAUUCACAGACUUUUGUGGUUUCUAUAUCUUCAUGGGCUGCUAUGUCCACUGCAUCAAAAUAAAGAUCCACCUUUCUUUUCUUAUAAAAUAUAUAGUUUUAUGUAUUUGAAGUUGUGUGUACUGUUCAUUGAAAAAGCUAGGUUUGUACAGCUUUUGCGAAUACAAAAACAAUCCAGUCCUACAUCAUCCUGUGCCUCGUGUGAACAAGGCAUAUGAAUUUGUUACUACAACAAAAAGAAAGUCACAUAAAUCAGCUUCAAGCUGAUUAUUGUUCGUGGUGGAUUCAAACUGAGCUUAGCUUUGAGAUUACGGUUUAAAAACAGGGCCAAGAAUGUCAUGAUUAAAAGUUUUAAAUCACUGGUAAAUUUAUAUGCAAAUGGAGCCAAAUGUAAGAUUUAUUAAAAUGUGCUAAAAUAAAACACAUGGGCGAUUAUUUACGUGAACAGCGAGCCUGUAACAAAAUGUGACCACUUGUUUGAUUUUGCUGCCAGCACAAAUCAAUUAGUUGUCGAGAGUUUAAGUAUAGUGAAAUGUAUCAACAUAAUUACAUUCAUUUUCUUCUGGGAAAGAGCAAGUCAGAUAGACAGAAAUCCCUCAGGGAAAGUAAAGAAAUAGAACCCACCAGUGGCACCUUCCAACCGCCCACAUUUUGUCCGAGAGCCGCCGGCCAUUGUUUGCUGCUAUGAUGACCCUAAAGUGUGUAACAAGAUUUUGCUACUUUUAUAAAAGAUUUGCUGGAUG